UCUCAUGGCGGCCUCUUAGAACAGGAUUUGACAUGAUUUACACAUGUCGAAUUAUAUAAUAACUAAUUAAGAAGACACUUGUUGUUUCCAAAAGUGAAGAUGGUGUAGGUCAGUAAAGCCGAGGGUCACUUCUGUCCUGCAGCCAUGAAGCUGGACAUCGAUGUGUUGGCCUCCACCAGCAUCAAGCGCAGGAAGCCAUGGCCACAGAUUGUCUGGGCGGGGCAGGAGAAGGAGAGCCUGUUCCUCCUUGACAUCGGGCGGAUCAGUGUGCUGUUCGUGCCAUCAGGCAAGACAAAGAGGAAGGUUCCAGCAUUAUCUCCCCUUGUUGGGGAAGCAGUCCAUCUCACACAUACAAAGAAUGGUCUGUUCCUGGUGGGUCUGAUGCGGUCUGGAGAUCUGUUUGUGUGGCACAAAGACAGGGACAGCCUGAAGAUGGUGACAGGACUCAUGAACCAUGUCUCCAUAGACAAACUCAAACCAGGCACCAGCAAGUUGGUUGUAGCCGAUGACUGCUCCCGGGCCCUGGUUGUCGUCAACUGGUCUCAGAUCUUCCUCUGGCAACAAGACCCAAACGAUAGUUUCGGGUCCACUAAAUCAGCUACACUGGCAGGGGCAUGGACACGGGUGAACAUCCCCAACAAGAUUCCCCUGGCAUCACCAGAGUGCCCGGAGACCAGUGUGGCCGCCAUCUUCUACUCCAGCCAGGUUCUUGGUGAAUGCUGUCAGUGCUCCCUGACCUUCAACAAUGCAGACAAGCUGUGUGUGACGACAGUCUUAUUGAGAUUCUCAGAGUUUCACAACAUAUACAAGGACAGUGUUCCCAGUUAUCACACAGAGUGGAGCUGCAUUGAGUAUCCUGUACAGAACAUCAGCACUGGCUGUCAGCCAAUCAACUCGAAGGGAGCCUAUGUCACAUGCUACUCACAUGAUGGUCAGGUGAUAGCUGUAGCAGCCAAUCAGAAGCGUCCAUCUGACACAAGUCUGCUGUUCUUGUCACCACUGACUGAGACUGUCCUUGUGUCAGAAAUGAAGGACUGUGGCAUCCAGAACGCUGACCGGAAGUUUGGCAGUUGCUACUGGGUGUCCUCGAUGUCCUGGACCUGUGACAAUCUGUUUCUGGCAUGUAUUCUACGGAACGGUUCCAUUUGUUUGGUGUCCCGGCUUGGGGAGCCAAUCAGCAUUCAGACGUCGGGCUGCUCUAUUGACCUUGGUCCAUCUCGCUUCAUCCCAAUACACCCUGUCAUAAGAGUUCAACAAGAAGGUGAAACUGAGCCAGUCUUGGAUGAACACGGAGACGACCCCUUACAGCAGAUAUUCUCCGUGUCCACACACCCCUCCCUUCCAAUCAUCCUCUUCUCCGAUGGCUACAUGGUGACCGUGGUCCAACUGCCAUGUGACACAAGAUGCAUGGCCUUCAUGCGCGACCUUGUCUUUGAGUCCUCAAAACAUCUUAAGUGGAUACAGGACCAAGAAGGAAUUGAUAUGACUCUAGCAAGUCCAUACAACUUGCCGGUGGACAGAGCCGAACACGACAGAAUGGUGAAUCGGAAGAGGGAGAGAAUGUUAGCAGAGUCAAGAUCAAGACCUCAAAGGUUGAAAAAUUUACGGUACAGUUUUGAAGAUUUGACAGGAUCUUUAAAUGACACUCAGGACAGCGAAGUGAGUGCUGUGUUGGACGACGGCUUCGGUCAGUUUGGUGCUAUGCAGAACCUCAGCUCAGGGAAGAUUAUGUUUGGUGAGCCGGAGAUGAUGAUGGCGACUGUGGACUCUUCCUAUCUCAGCAUGGCGGAACAGGAGGCUGUAGCUAAACGGAUGCAGGCAGCAAAAGUUGCUCUUUUCAUGUCAUGGAAGCUGGCAGCAUCACACAGUGACAUUUGGACAUCUGAUCUGGACCGUGUAGCUAAGUCGAUCGCACAGAACAUGGUCAAGAUGUUUUCCCUGAUCCUGAACUGUCCGCCGGUAAGUGAAAUGAUAAAUCCGUCUGUCCAGUCUCCAGCCAUCCAGAACAGCGGCUUGUUCCAGGUGAUGACGAUGUAUCGGCAGAUGCUGGACCUGUUGCAGUUUGACGUGCUUCACCAGCACCUGACUCCGGUCUCACUCCAGCUCAUGCACCAUACGGCCAAGCUUGUCCUGGACAGCCCAGGUCUAGACCAGCUCGAUCCUAGACUGAAGACGUUGUCUGGAUGUUACACACUGCUUAGGUUCUCGGAGAAGACGUUCAACAAGACCUAUGUGUGGCUUCCCAAGUCGGUGUCCUCCAAGCCCUUCACUCCGCGGUCAGGGCUGGGAGGGGCUGAUCAGUACCAGCAGGGGAGGAUUGAUGGGGUGGACAACACGGCAGCAUCCCAGCUGCUGUCCAAGAGACUUUCGGCAACCUGGAUGAUGCUGUACAAGAACCUGGUGCACUUCCAGACCCACCAGUGUCAGAGUGAGGCUGAAUACAGACAGGCCCAGAACCUCAUGUGUCAGAUCCAGGAGACCAUGCAGCAUAUGGAGACACCCAUACCCCAGCAGGUGUCUCCCAGGAUCAGCCAUGGUGACAGACACAGCCUUGAUGGCCACCACACACAGGCUGUGAAUGCAUGGAGCAAGCAGCUCAAGGCUAUUGGAGCCAAGGAGGACAGUAACAAGGCCGCCCGACUGUUACACUCCCUGCUGUACACGUACCUCAUACGAGGGGAACUGCUCACUGCCGUCGACUUUGUGGACAGCCUCAUUCUGAGAGCCAACGUCCCAGUAGGGGUGGACCCCGAGCACUUGAACAGGACAACAUCCUCGGACAGUCGACUACCCCUGAUGACCAUAGUGGCCAGUACUCUCAAGACACUGGCAUUUGACAGCCCGGACAUGGUUCCUUGUAUCCGGGACAAGAGUAUCCGACAGCUUGUUCAGACCAUGGCACGAUUCAUGGCAGCGUACUUCUCCAACCAGACAGUCUACGUCUUCCCUCCCCACAACCCACAACCUCUCCCCGCCAUCCACUUCGAAGCAGCUGUUGUCAACAAUCGGAUCAUUCCUCAGUACCACGAAGACAUCACGGGCGUGAUCCGACAGCACAAGCUGGGCAGUGUGUGGACCGUGGAACGCACUCUGGAGUAUCUACUGCUCAGUGGCCUGGCUUGUGAGGCCACGUGGUUCGCUGACAAGAUGGGUGACUGGAAGGCUGCUUUCCUGAUGGCUGUGGGUUGUGUUCAGCACCAUUUCACAGCCCCCAAAGUCUAUGAGAAAAAGAGGAAACCGCUGACACUUCCUGAUUCCCUGUUGCCUGGCAACAUAUUACAGAGGAAGCUUGGCAUGCUUCUGGGAGAGACGUCAAGUGAGGCACUGAGCAAGUCUCGACAGCUUACCCAAGACUACAUUGCUAUUGAUGAGGACACGAACAUGAAAGUCCUGACGAAGACCCUGGAGGAUAUCCUGACAGGUGCCAUGGUUGGGAGGGUUGAUGUGUUGCCAGGGUUACUGAAGACUCUGGUAGAGAAACUGAAGACUGUUGUAUCAGAGUUGCCUCCCCUCGUCCCAAAGGAUUUCUACCUACCUGCCCCUCCCCUGUACUGCCCCCAACCUUCAGCUACAAGCCAGGAAUCGGUGAGAUCCGCGGUAGGGAUGGAGAUGCAGCUGCGGAGGAAGGCGGCAUCUCUGAUCCAGCUGAUGCUGAGUUUCCUGCAGGCCAGCCACCUCUCCCUGCACGUCACGCACUGGUAUGUGACCCGACUCCUUCAGGCACAGCACAAGGCCACACAGUUCAAGGCCAACACUGAAGGACCCUGUACAGAGCUGCCGAAGUUCCUCAGUGGACUGAUGGACCACUUGGCGUCAGACUUGAACUUGGCAGAACAUGAGGAUGUGGAAUCCGUGCAGCUGGUGCUGUCAGCUUUCCGUGACGUCUGCUGUGUGGUGUGGAUGCUCCACGCCCGAGACAAACUCUCCCUGUGUCUGCGGCAGAGACAGAAGUACCUUGACCAGCUCAGCUUCCACAGACAGGACAAGGAGAACGGGUCUGAGCGAUGGCUACAGGAGUGUUUCACCAACCUCCAGUGGGCUGUCCACCUUCUGGCGUUCAGCCGCUUCUUGCCAGACGAGGGAUGUGUGUACAAGGUCGUCCUCUCUCUCCUGCUGGAGCUACCCCCGUCUGAAGACACAGCAGACAUCUUGGCGGAGUAUUUCUACGACAUGGAGAACCUCGACGCAGAGGUCCAGGAGAAGGUGGACAAGAUCCUACACGAGUGGCAGACGGUCAUUGUCCAGCCUGAGGAUGAUGGGAGGUCAGCUAAAGUAGAUGCUGAUGUAGACGAUGAUGAUGAUCCAACAGGCGGACGGAAAUCAGUCACAUUCUUCAAAGCAUCUCCUCGUGGAAAGUCGCUGUCUGUUUAUUUUCACAAGCAGUGUCAAGUUGCUGGAAAAGUUUUGAAGAAAAGGAGAAUCUGUUUCGGGAAUUAUGACGAAUUUGUUUUUGCAAAUUCAUCAAAAGACCCUCCAGAUCUCAAUAUUGGUUCCAGGCCAUAUGAGACGAAGAGAUAUUUCGUUGAAUUUAUGGACACUUUCUGUUCUGUCAGUUUUGGCCUUCUGAUGGAAUCAGAAUUAGAGAGACAUAUUCAAAAGAGAUACCCUGUAUUAUUGCCGUGGGCGGAAGUUAUCAUGAACAGGGAAAUGACAACUUUUCUUGAAAGAUCAUCUCACGGAAACAGAAAACAUUCUCUAGUUGUACUGACACCAAGAGAUGGGUCUGUUGAGACUCUGCCCAGAGGGAAGGACAGUUCAGUUUUCCGGAGACAGGGUUCUGUGGGAGACAGCGACCAUAUGCGGCUGAUGAAAGCUAAGGGUCUCUUCCGAAGUAAGAGUGUGGUUGAAAUGGGAUCUUCAGAUAAACCUUCUUCUCCAGUUCGGAGGUAUGAAAGUGAGAAUGGCAUUAAUGAGUUG